AUUACUAGGUAUUAGUAAGAAAUUACUAGGAAAUUACAAGGAUUUUUUAGACAGAAUAUUCAACGGAGAGAAAAUCAAGUCGAUAUGGAAUCUGCUGACAAAUGGAACGUCCGCACGAAGGAGAAUGUUAGCGAGAUUUUGGAAUUAGCUGCAAUUAAAGAGUCCGAUUUAAACGCCGUGACGCAAUGUUUGUAUCCCAUGCAAGAUCAUCAGAUCGACGAUUUGAUAUUGCUGGAGGUAGACGAGCACAUAUUGGGAGCACUAAGCGAAGGAGACGCAAUAUCAUUUCGUGGUAACAAACACGACAAUGCUGCGCUGUGCACGCAAACUCGGACCUACGAGAUCAGAGAGGCAGAGAUAUCCAACUCGUGGCUGUUGGUUCCAAACUUGAAGCUAGGCAAAGCAACAGGUGUCGGGAAAGUAACUGAGAGAACUGUAGAGAAAUGUAACGUAAAGAAGAUAUUUAACUCGUACUAUGAGGUGAAGGAAACCAAACCUGAUCUGUCAAGUUUGUCCACUCUGCUUGAUUCGUCAUCCUUCAAUGGAUUGGAAUAUGAAUCUACAAUAGAUCAGAAUGCGUUGUACAGUUGGGAAAGAUUACAAAAUGAGUUACAAGCCAGUGAUUACGAGUUAAAACAAGCUUUGUCAGAUUUCUUAAUAGCCGACCUAGAUGGUUAUUUGCGCCUUAUAUCAUUUGACAUAGAAGCAAGGAGCUUGAAUUUCAUGUUGGAUUAUUUUGGAGAACAGUCUUGGGAACUCGAUGAAGUAGAUAAAGAGAGUACGUACGAAUGUUUAAAGGAGCUUAUUCAUGAGCCAGUGUUCGAUAUCAUAUUCAAAAGAUAUACAGAACUAAGCACAAAGACAAAGGAUGAUGGCAGUCCAUUGUACAUGUAUAACGAAAAAAAAUGCUGCGCAAUGAUAGCAAAGGUUCUUCUUGCUGCCUCUCCUGUCACUGAAUACAAAGAAUUCAUGGAAACAUGGAGCAUUGGAAUUCCUGAAAAAAUGCAGGUAAAGAAAGAGUAUUUAUAUGGAUUGGCCCUUGUAACGUACAAUACUUCAAAAAUGCAAAAAGAAAUCGUGUCUUGUCCGGAGGCAGACUUACCGAACAACAUUCACGACAGACUUAAUGAACUUUUUCAAAUUAAAGCUAAAUGGACUGUUGAAGAGAUAACACCUUAUAUUAUGCGUUUUACAAAAGGUGCAAUGAAUGUUAAUGCACUUUUAACGAAAUAUGCUAGAUGUUCGACAAAAAAUGGGAUAAAAUAUUACGGGUCAAAACAUGGCAAGUGAUAUACUGACUACAAUUGUGGUAUGCAUUCAAUUGUCUUACAAUAAAUACUGAUACAUGUGUUAUUGAUUAAUUAUAUUAAUGUCGGAACAAUAUUUCAAAAUUGUUUAUAAUGUUAAAAUGAUACGCGUAAUUUAUUUAGCUCGUGAUCAUAUAUAUAUAGUUACACAUUUGCACAAUUUAUAAAUAUUUUUAAGAAAUAAGAUUAUAUAAUUUAUUUUUUUCAUUUAUUACGUCACUGAUGUAAUAGCGAUAUUAUCAGCGAAUGUAUUAUUAUUCAUCUCACUCAUUCAUCAAAAGACAAUAAUUUUAGAUUAGACGAUAAUUUAUCAAUUUUAUUUUAUAAACUCUUGUUAUCCCAUUGACUAUAAAGUUUUAUUACAAAAGCAUUUUACCAACUUUCUCUUUAAUAUCUGACGUUAUUAGUAAUUACAGUUGAAUAUAAUAUGCUUCAGAAAAGUAUAUUGGAUUGAAUAUGAAUAAUCAUUCUUAAAUUCGAUAUUUACCUCAUCAGUAUUUGUUACGUGUCAAAUAAUAAAACUUAUAUAAAUACGUGUUGUGCGAAGAAAAGAAGGAAUAUAAAUUUACUUAUAAAUGAUG